AGCUAGCUGAGCCGACACCGUGCGCCUAGCAGCAGCCGCCGCCGCGCGCGUCAGCUCAAACACGGAGCAGCGGCCAGGGCGAGUCGAACAUGUCCCGCGCAGGGCUCCUUCUGCUGAUGUGCGCCGUCGUGUGCUGGGCUCACGAGGUCACCACCACCGACCACUCCUUCCGCAACCCAAAUGCGGCUGUCGAAGCUGACAAGAACCACUGGUACAACGAGGGUGCCAAGGGCAUCGGCGAGCGGCUAGAACGCCAGGCCAACAAGCGCCGUGCUCGCAACGUGGUGCUAUUUCUGGGCGACGGCAUGGGUAUUUCCACGGUGACCGCGGCGCGCAUCUACAAGGGCCAGCGGCUACACAAGCAGAGCGGCGAGGAGCAGCAGCUUUCGUGGGACAAGUUCCCGCACGUGUCCCUUUCCAAGACGUAUGGGCUGGACGUGCAGACAUCGGACUCGGCGAACACAGCCACCGCCUACCUCUGCGGCGUCAAGGCGAACGUCGAAACACUCGGAGUGGACUCUCGCAUCAAGAGCGGCGUCUGCCACAGCGACAAAAGCACACACCUGCCGAGCAUUAUGCAGUGGGCGCAAGAGGCCGGCAUGUGGACGGGCAUUGUGACCACGUCUAAGGUCACGCACGCUACACCAGCUGGAAGCUACGCGCACUCGGGCCACCGCGACUGGGAGGCAUCGGUACCCGAAGGGUGCCAGGCCGAGGACAUCGCCUACCAGCUCGUCCAUCGUAAUCCCGGCACUGGGUUCAAGGUGAUCCUCGGCGGAGGAAGGAAGAUGUUCCGCGCUGCAAAGGACGAGGAAGGCAAGGAUGGCGCGCGUAAGGACGGCAAGGACCUGAUCAAGGAUUGGCAGGACGACAGAUCAAAGAAAGGCAAUGCCAGCUACGUGUGGAAUCGCCAGCAGCUGCUCUCGGUCAUGCCUGAAAAGACCGACUUCCUUCUUGGGAUCUUCGAUAGCGACCACGUGCCUUACGUGAUCGAACGCAACAGCCCAAACAGCACGAAGCCCACCCUGCCAGAGAUGACGAGCGUCGCUGUGAAGAUCCUCAGCAAGGCACCCAAGGGAUUCGUGCUGCUCGUAGAAGGAGCACGCAUCGACAUGGCGCACCACAAAAGCCAGGGUGGUUCAGCCCUUGAAGAAGCCCUGGAGUUCGACCAGGCCGUUCAGGAGACGCGCGACAAGCUCAACGCGGACGAAUCUCUGCUGGUUGUGACAGCCGACCACUCGCACACGUUCACAAUGGGCGGCUACCCGAAAAGGGGCACCAACAUUCUUGGUAUUGCCGGAUAUUCAGACGUCGACCAAUUGCCAUUCACUGUUCUCACCUACGGAAACGGCCCUGGCUUUAAAGCUCCCAGUGAGAACUUCACAAACGAGCAAGUUGCGAAACCCGACUACGUGCAGCGGUCGGCCUUCCCGCUCACGGAGGAGACCCACGGCGGAGAAGACGUGGCCGUGUACGCCACGGGGCCCUGGGCGCACCUCUACACUGGCGUCCACGACCAGUCGUACAUUCCGCACGUGAUGGCCUACGCUGCCUGCGUCGGGGACUUUACGGGAGACAAGUGUGCUACACCCGACGACACGGCGGGCGCCGCCUCGAUCCCAGCAGCUCAGCUGGCCGCCGUAAUAGCCUCGGCUCUCACAGCUCUCUUGCUGCGGUGACCCGACUAAGGACUGUCGCCGAGAUCCUGGCGACGUUUCUUUUUGCCCUGUUCACCGGCAUGUCUUUCCGCCUUCGGCGGCCACUCCGUCUAAAUAUGGGCCGCCAGAAGGGAACGAAAAAGGGACAGUUACGCUGCGCACCUUUUAAGCGGUAUUACGGGACCGAGUAAUUGGAAUCACGAUUGAUUACUACAGAAUUUUUAUAGCACAUUACUGAACUAGUAGAGUCACGGUGAAAGUGAGAACCGCGAAGGCCGUGAGACGUGUAUGGCGUUCCGAAAGGUCGUUUGCCAACUAUUACGGCGAGUGUCAAAGGCAAGAAAAAAUUCUGGUGGCCUGUAAUGUGCCACAUAUUACAGCUUUGAAGACUUCAUCAUGCAUUGAUCGUUUUAAAUAUGACUGAUAAGGACAGGGCGCGAGUUGUUCCGUCAAUGUUUUUGGUGCCUAGCUUUAAAAAAAAAUUAAAGUUAACGCCUAGGAACUUCCGGAGGAUUUUCUCUCGUUAGAGCGCUUUCGUUAUUCCGGACGUCUUCCAACCAUAUUGAUCAGCAACACGACUGGCUAGCGCUAGCUUUCAGGAGCGUUUCGUAUGAGUAGCGUGUUCAAGUUUCUUGCAUUUGGAAAACGUAUGCACACAUGCUACUUGUUACACGGAGACUCUAGUUGUCUCGGGUAGGAUGCAACGCAAAAAUGGUUAAAAACGACACCCGUAACGCGAAGCAGUUCCGUUCGGCACGCGUAGCAAGUACGCACAAUGGCCGAUAGCUCAGACCGUACAUGUGUACGGUCUGAGCUAUCGACCUCAGUGACUUUUGGUGAAGUAGGCUUCAGAAUGUGCAUUUUCCCACUGUUGCUUCCACGAGCAAUGCAGCAUGAAUUUUAUGUGAAAAAGAACAAUUGUGCGAAUUGUGCAUCUGGACAACUUCUAGAGAAUGGUGCGUUAUCUGGAUGUAAAAAAGGUGUGCAGUAUUGACUCACGUGAUCUAGUCGUGCUUUCGCAGUGCUCACGAAGACGUUCGUAUUCCUACAAUCCCACCAACAGAAGUGACGCAGAUUGUCACGGCUUCUUUGACAGCGUAGUGUGUGGUGCUGUUCGCGAAAAUACUUAGAACGCGUGCCCGAGUUUUGUUUGCGGUAUGGGGCUUGUUAUCAACGUGAACGAUGUGCGACGCGUUGUUGUUGGCCUCUAGUUUCUCUUUGCCGCAGACGAAGAUUGUGCCGGCUGUGAGAAAUUAAUCUCAACGUGUAUAUUUUCUUCCAAUAUUUGUCAGUGCUGUUCAGUGUACCUUGUGCGAGUGAAGCUGUGGAGAGCUGCGUGACUGAUAAAGCUGGACUGUGUGGUUUUGGGCAGUGUAAGUUGUUUGUCGUAUUCAGAGGGUGAUGAAGCUUGAUACUUUGCUUGCCCACGCGUGUUCGGGUGCCGUUGAAUGCAUAGAAGCUCACGCUGAAACUGCGUGCACCUUUCUAAUGCGCCUCUUUUCUCAUAGUGCGGCGGUGUUAUAACUAGAUCUACGAUUAACAUUUUAUUGCAGGCAUAUGUUCUUUUCUUCACCGUGGUCCUUCAUGCAGACGGCAUGCAACAUAAAUUCCCUGUACUUAUACAACAUGAAAUGUUUAGGGAUGUCAUGGAGUCCACCAUUUUUAUUUCAUUAUUCUUAAUUCAAUCAUAUCCAUGCUCUAAAAAUUAUUACUUUUGCCAGCUAACCAAGACUAUUAUUAAGGAAAAUGUAGUUUAAAGGUGGAGCCCGAUAUACGGGCGUUUUGGUCAGUAUUUUGUUCAUCGUAAUAGUUUCAAUUUCGCCAAGAAUUGGACGUUUUGUUGUAUAUUGGUACAGUAACUGAGAGUACAUUCGUUCACUAGCGAAAUGUGUCAUACACUUAGAAAAAUAUUUAUUCAUUAGCUAUCAAGAGAAAUUAAUUAUACUUAAGAAGCAUUUUCUAUCGAAUAUGCUCUUUGUACUUCCUUUGGUGUGAGUAUAAAGAUUUAUAUAGAUGACACACUAGCAAAUAUUAUGUUGUGUGACUGUUUAAAUUUGCAUAUUUCUUGGUUACUAAGCUCUACGUUCUCGCAGCUAUGGCCAGUGAGAAGUACUUUGUAUGGCGGCCCUCACAUUGAUUGCAUGAACAGCGCGGAAGGGACACAAGGACAAGGGACUGGCGCUGUCGGCGUCCGUCCUUCUCAGUCUCUUGUUUGUGUCCCUUUCGCGACGUUUAUGAAAUCAUGGAAUACCAACUAGCCUGGUCAGACACCCUGCUUCACACUGAGGCACUAUAUAGUUUAAGGAAGUCUCUUUAAGAUCCGCAUAUUCAAAAGUAUUACAUUGCUGGAGUGCACCAACUUGCAUGUAUUUGCAGCUAAAUAUCGUAUACGAGUAAGAAUGAAGCACACCAUCAUGCUUAAGCGGUCGUUCGUGUACUUCGCGUCAUUGCCAACACGCAAUGCACGCCUAAGCUGGGAAACUCUGCCAUAAAAUUUUCCAUCAGCCCAACACGUAAGCCCAUAGAGUGUGUUGAUAUGAACACUAGUCUCGUGUAUGGGGCUUUCUUACAGACGCGUGAAUAUUGAAAUGAGCACUAGUUAAUGUGAAACUGCACAUCUGAUUUCUCAACGCUGAUUAAACAUCAACUGUUUUAUUAUUAGUAAUGCAGAAUACCGAUUUGCUAGUCAUCACAAGAUUGUAGAAGAACGGCUAGGAGGGUGUUUCUGGACGAAUUGUUUUUUCAGACGGUCACGGAUUGUAAAACGCUGUGGUGUUUAGUAUACCGAAACUCUAUAGCCCCUGGAAGAGCCACUAAGGCUGGGUUCAAAAUAUGUAGAACAAAUUUCGCGCUUUUGACGUUUUGUUCAACUAAGUUGUGGCGUCAGGUCGUCUGGCGCGUCUAGACCACAUCACAGCUCAAAUAUUGUAACUACAUGUAAAUAGGCAUGACGGGCAUUGUCAGAUGUGUGCUCUUUCCUGCAUCUGCCCAGCAACGCUUCUGCAACUGCCAGACCCGUUGUGCUUACUCAGCAAUGCGGUGCAUACGUGCAGGCUGCGUUGAGUAAGGGCGGAUUCACAGCAGCAUGCCUCCGAACACGCAUCAAAGUGCGCUAAUGAUUGAACAAAAUAUUUUUCUUUAGUUUCAUGUUUAUCUAUUCUAGCUUAGAGAGUUUUGUCUUUUUUAAGUUCAGCCGUUACUGGUAAGUUAUAAGCAAUAAAUAUUACUUUGCCGAUUUCCCACCACGCUUCUUUCCAUGCGCUAUGAUUGCCGACUACAGCUUUGCAAAUGACAGAUACAAAGAAAGCGAUGCAAAAGAAACAUUGUGAUAAAUUUUGUGUGCAAACAACAUUGUUGCGUCUGGAAUAAAAGAGUUUUUAUACGA